UACCACCAAGCAACACAACGGCUUGUCCUUUCCCCAAUCCUCGCGUCGCACCGGUCCGCUGCUUCGACACGUUGCGCACUCUUGUCACGGUCGCGCAGCUCACUUGAGCAAUUUGCUCACAAAGAUUGGCUUUCUAGCAAACGUUUAGCGCACCCUGAAUCAUGUUGCUCUUCAAGGGCGUCCGCGCCAUGUCUUCGCCAGAGCGAAUGUUGUACAUUGCAGUGGUCUUUACGCUCCUCCUCGCAAACAUACUGUAUGGCACGUACAACAUUCAGAAAUGGCUUGAUGCCCGGGACUCGCCGGCCACCUCGGCCACCGUCCGCAUCCGCAGUUCGGCGCCCGACGACAUCUUUGCAGCGAUGUGCUCGUCGCGCCCACUUCAGCCGAUUGUCGAGGGCGUGUGUCUCCAAGGAGCUUUCGAAGGGCCAUUGUUCGAGACGCAUGUGGUUCCGUGCAACGCCACUCGGUUCAGACUCUUUGGCUUUCAGUGUUUGGCCUUUCCGCUGCCGAAUCUGAGACAGGAGGACAGCAACCUGUUCUCGUACACAAUCGCCGGAUGGACGGCGGCGUGCCGGGCAUCGCACGAGGUGUGCCGAUCGGAGAAUGUGUACACGACGGUGUUUGAGAGCGCAAACGUGGAAUUCCUGACCUCGCUGCCGCCAGAGGCUCUCGAUGAGGCCAUCUCCUUCCCGCUCCCUUCACUCGGCUCGGCGUACCUCUCGAUUGGCAUCUCGACCACCAUCGAUCUCAAGGGCCGCGAGUCGACCAUCUUCCCCACCAAUGCUGCGCUCAUUCGCGACGUCGAUAGCGUGUUUGGGAGGAACACUUCCUUUGCCAUCGAGCUCAAUCGCUUCUCGUGGAAUCUCCGUGAGAAUGUGGUGACUCAGUUUAUCACCUACGACGGCUUUGACUUGCUCGGCGCCUCGGCCGCCCUCCUCUCGCUCUCCAUGGCCAUCUUUAUGUACCUCUUCCCCGGUACUGAGAGAGUGGCUCAGUACUUUUGCUUCAAGCGCCAUCGCCCGCCGACGGUGGUGCCAAAGUCCCAGCCAGUCGACAAGGAGGUCACGAUCGAGCUGCAUCUCUCGUCGCUCUCAUCCUCGUCGUCUUCGAACGUGCCGCCCACACGGAUCAUCACCGAACGAUCGAUGGCUGGAGCUGAACACCUGGCCUACAAAAGCCCGCGGACUCAUCAGCGGGUUCCUGGCCCGCUUCGGGUCGGCGACCUUCGCCUCAACGCCAGCAUGCCCGUCGCGCUAAUGGCGUCAUCGGAGCCAGCUGCUGGCCCUCGUGCGAAGGUCGUUGCUGACUCUCCCGAAAUGGUUUUCCACGUUCCGCCUGUCUGUAUCAACCGAUCGCCUUCGUGCCCGUCAUACUCGAUGUCACGCUCGCGGACGUCGCUUCAUUCCAACCCUAGCCCGCGCGGCAUUGUCGAAGGUCUGGAGCCCAAUGUUACCAUCCCGGCUGCGCUCACCUCCAACUGAGGACUUUAUGUACGCCCGGCGAGCCUGCAGACAAGGAAUCGCACAAACUUCGUUGAUACUCUCUUCCUAAACCGCGCGAUC